GCGGCAUGGAAAUGGAGGGUAUUCAUUAUCAUGAUUUCUAAAAAAGGAAUUCAUAAAGGUCGUACAAAUCGUUACUCUGUGUUUUUUGUCUUCUUCCACUCACCAGGAUGGCUCCUGUUGCCAACGAGGAAAAUGAUCGUGGGCAGUCCUGGAAAAGAAACCUCUCAUCGACUCGACUGAUGAUCUUGAGCCAUUCAGCAGCCAUCAUCUCCACCCACACACACUGUUCGAUCCGUUCCGAGCGACCACCCCGGACAUACUUCUCUCAGGGCCACGGCCGAGAGACAUCACAUCAAACCCAGCGCCUCGUCAAUAAGAACCAGGACAAAGGUAUAGCGGGAAUCCAAUAGAGACGCUCAUGAGUCGAAAUGCAGUCGUUAAAAGAAACAAACUCAUCUUGAAUAAGAAAUUGAAGAAGAAGGAAGAAAUAGAAGGACCAGAAAAAGGAUAGAAUGUGGUUCCGUUCCAUUUGUGGUAGCCAGAGGGCAAAAGUCAAAUCCAGCGUAACCGCCGCCACGCUUCCUCUGCAUUCCACCCAUGAGAACAUUGAGGAGGUAAAAGUGCAAAUCUAUCUUUCCUCCCGUUUUGGAACUUUGAAAGGUCCAUAAAUGUGUGUUUUUUCCAAUGCCUUUUGUUUUUAUAUUUUCAUCAGAAUCGUCCUCCAUAAGGUCCAAGAUCUAGAUUGCCCCGGAAUCGUGUUUGGGGUAUGCUCUUUAUUUGUUGAGAAAGAAAAACAAAGGGAAAAGGAGAAGGAAAGAAAGGCGGCCGACGCAGCCUUGGAGGACAGCCC